AUGACAGACCGAACAGUCGUGCUCAUUGCUGAAGCGAAUACAGGAAUAGGCCAUGCUACAGUUCAAGCUCUAUUGCAAUCCGACCGAAGCUACCGUAUCUUCCUUGGCGGCCGCGAUCUUGUGAGAGCAGAAAAUGCCGCCAUGUCCUUGAAGGACGAAGCUUCCGAAACCAAUUCUGAAGUUGAUCCCAUCCAGAUCGACGUAGACUCCGACGCUUCGAUUGUCACCGCUCUAGCCACGAUUUCCUCAAAAGUAGACAGAGUCGAUGUGAUCAUCAACAAUGCAAGCGCAUCGUUCGAUUCUCAGAUACACAAAGGACAGCUUACGGUGAGGGAUGCAUGGAAUAAAUGUUGGAACACGAACGUGACCGGCGCGAACAUCAUCACAGAGACAUUCUUGCCACUUCUUCUGAAAUCGAAAGACCCAAGGCUGCUCUUCGUAACUUCUGGCGCUUCAUCACUAGCCGAUGCUGCGGACGCGCAUCACCUUAUGCACAAAGUCCCCCCUCCAGGCCUACCGAAGCCUCCAAGCAACUCGGCGUACAGAAGCAGUAAGGCGGGCUUGAAUAUGAUGAUGUUGGAAUGGCACAGGCUUUUGAAGAAUGACGGGGUCAAGGUCUGGUGCGUUGCGCCUGGUUUGCCAUCUACUGGACUGGGCAAUGAACCGGAGCGCCUUAGAAAAAGCAGUGGUGGCGACCUUAGUCUUGGAGGACAAGCGAUACUUGGCGUUGUAGAGGGCAAGAGAGACUCUCAUGUCGGUAGAGUUGUAAGGGAGUAUGGUGAUAGCAAAAUACAGGCAUGGUAA